AUGGCUUCCCAAGUCCCGAAUGCUGGCGGACAACCCUUGGCCAGUGCUGAGUCUCGGCACAACGAGUGGCUCAGUCCGGGCGGCGCAGCCUACGAUUUCCGGAGUGACGUCCGCACGAGCCCAACCCCGGCCAUGCUCGAGGCCAUUACUUACGCCAGCCUUCUCGAUGGCAUCCAGGACUCCGACCCGAGCACAAAGAAGCUCGAGGAGCACGUCGCCGCCAUGGCUGGCCACGAGGCCGGCCUAUGGGUCGUCUCCGGUACCAUGGGCAACCUUGUCUCCCUGCGCACCCUCCUCACCCAGCCGCCCUACAGCAUCAUCUGCGAUGAGCGCGCGCACUUCCUGAACAACGAGACAGGCGGCGUCUUCGCCUUCUCGGGUGCCGUCCCGCAGCCCGUCCGGCCGUCCAACGGCAAGUACCUCACCCUCGAGGACAUCCUGCCGCACGUCAAGCUCGGGCACGGCGAGAAGGUGCACGCGGUCCCGACACGCGUCAUUGCGCUGGAGAACACGCUGCGCGGGAUGGUCAUGCCACUUGCCGAGACCCGCCGCAUCUGCGAGUUUGCACACGCCAACGAGAUCAAGGUCCACCUCGACGGCGCGCGGCUGUGGGAGGCUGUGACCGCGACUGGCAGCUCGCUCGCGGACUACGCUUCGCUCUUCGACACGGUGACCAUGUGCUUCAGCAAGGGCCUCGGCGCACCCGCUGGCGCAAUCGUGCUGGGCAACAAGGCUACCAUCCGCCAUGCGCGGUGGGUCAGGCAGAGCAUCGGCGGGGGCAUCAGACAACCCGGGCUGUUGACAGAGGCUGCAUUUGUCGCGGUUCGCGACACGUUUGAAGGGAAGAAGCUAGCCAAGACGCACGAGGUUGCGUCUAGGAUAGGUCGACACUGGGAGGCUUGCGGCGCGAACCUGCUGUACCCGACGGAAACCAACAUGGUCUGGCUGGACUUUACAGGGCAACAGUUUGGACUUGCGGACGUUAUUGCCAAGGGCAAGGAGAAAGGCAUUACGUUGAAUAGAGACCGCCUGGUGAUCCACUAUCAGAUCUCCGAGGCGGCUGUACAGAUCCUGAUGGAUGUAAUGACAGAAUUAACAAGGAGUUGA